AACCGGUACCGACAAGAUCUCGUGAGAGCUAGCUGAAAGAAGUCAAGGCAAACUAUGUAAUUGUCGUUUUCAAUUCCUCGUACAAAUUUUCAUCAUCUAUCUGCCUAAUUUGUGUGAACUGGAUCUUUAUACGGAUAGUUUGCUAAUAUAAUAGACGGCACCAUGCCGUACCUUGACAUCCAGGGAAGGAUAUGUGGCUUCAUGAACUUUGAGCAGGAUGAGGAGAGCGGGCGCUUCUUCCGGAGGUACUUUGUCAUUUCGCUGGAAGAUGACUGCAUACUCUGUUAUAUGGAUAACCCUACGAAUUUACCCGGAGCUGCCAGAAGACCUAUAUUAGAAAUUCAACUUACAAAUAUAUCAAAUGCUCGAAUAGCUGAAAAACAAAGGCCUAAAGUGGAAUAUUGUUUUGUCGUGACGACAGCGAAGCGAGACUUCUACUUUCAGGCCGACAAUCACAGAGACAUGGAGGAUUGGGUGAAUAGAAUCAACAAUGCCAGUAAAAUUACAGUACCAUCAUCAGUAGCACCAGGGGGCACACUUCCUCUCGGGGACAAGAAUGGAGGCGACGCGAGGGCGGUCAGUUACAAGACGGAGGUUGUCGGUGGGGUCGUCAUCAGGACGCCGGUCCAGACAGGACUUAGUGAGAGCGACAGCGACGAGGAGGUCAACCUUUAUACGCGGGGUACACCGUCGUCGCCACAUUCACCAACGCACGCGGCCGGUACGAUGGACAAGGUGACGGCGCGCCUCUUUCCCGGGAGGAACAUCAUUCAAUCUGGUUGGUGCGUGAAGCAAGGCGCAGUGAGAAAAAGUUGGAAAAGGAGAUAUUUCAUCUUAGAUGAUCAAGGCAUAUCUUAUUAUAAAUCAGAUCAGGAAAAAUUACCCAUCAGAAUGAUCCCUCUUAAAGAAAUAUCAUCUUGCAAAGUAGCAGAACACGGGCCCAGCAUUCAGCGGGACAACUUAUUUGAAAUCAUCAGUGCAGGAAGGACGUUCUACGUACAGGCCUAUUCACCGGGCGAGAUGGCCUCGUGGGUGGAUUCAAUUAGCAAUGCCAUCGGAACCAAGAAGAAAGGCUUAGAACAGAGUUGAUGUGAGCGGAAGGGUUUAGAUUCAAUGUACAGAGUUUGUAGAUGUUUGUGAAUAGAAUGGAAGGAAAUACGUACCUAUGAUGGAGCCAUCAUUGCCAGUAACUUAUCUGAGUCAUACCCCAUUCAACGUCAUCAUACAUCCAUCCAUUCCUGAUGACGAAACACCACAAAAGAUCUUUUCUCCAGAGUUGGAACUAUAUGGUUGUUUGCAUAAUGCGGUGCUCCUCAUCAAGUUCAGUCCCAUUUGUAGGAUUUUGAGUUGGGGAGUUCAGUAUUGAUUUGAGAAGGAUCGCCCAUCCUGAGUUCUAAGAGGGGAUUCCUCCAUCCUGAUCAAGUGCCUUCGAAGAAGAAUCUUCCAAAUAUCUAGUGUUGGACCAAUUAGUCAUCCAGUGUAGACCCACAUACAGGAAUCCAACGUGGGGUGUUCUACUUCUAGAUCAAGCAUUCCAAACUCUUUUCCAAACUU